AUGGCCGCUAGCAAAAUACCAAACUACAAUGUAGUUGCUGAAGCGCUAUCACAGUUAUCGUUGUUGCUUCCUCACGGUGGCGUCGGCGUCGAAGAAGAUCCAACAAGCCCUCGGGCCUCCCCCGCAUUCAUUAUUAUGGAAACUGUUCAACAAUCAGUUGUACAUCUUGAACAUGGUGGAAUGCCACCUCAGGCUCCGAUGGCAUACGCACAAAGGUCUCCAGCUCUUCACAGGGCAUCGCAACCGGGUGAUGGUUCACCAUACAAACCACAACGCCCAUCAGCUGUCCCCAGUGCUGCUUCACCACUGUCACCAGGUUCAGGACGACCUGGGGCUACUGGAUAUCCUGGUUAUGCAGCUGCUGGGACCCGUGAGGUCACUGCCGCUGCAAUGCGCUAUGUACAACAGUCUCCAUAUGGGGGUGCUGUGCCCUACAGGGAAAACCCUUACACUGUGCCCCGUAACCCGGCGGUGGUUGAACGCCAGCAGCAGCAGCAGCAACAACAGCAGCAGCAGCAACAGCAACAACAACAGCAGCAGCAACAACAGCAACAGCAACAACAGCAGCAGCAGCAGCAGCAUCAGUCACAGCAACAGCAGCCACAGGUGGAAUAUGGACGAGCAGAGGGACCUCCAUCCCAGCUGAGACCACGCAUCUCAUUGCUUCCGCCACAUACUACUGAAUACCUGGCUGCUCUUCCUCGUACUAGGAUACAGCAGGCAGAACAGUAUCGAGAUGGUAUGGGGCCAGUGGUACCUACAAGUGGAACAGCUGUUCAGCUUGAGUUGGGGCCUCCCUUCAAAAAGAUACGUUUUGGGGAGCUGAAGCCCGAAGUUCAGCAGCCACUCAGGAUUGAUACAAGGGAGCAGCCUGCAUACAACCCACAGGUGGAAGCUAUCUCACCAACUUUGCCACCAGACUCAAUGCAAGAGGAUGCUGCAUUUCGUGCUACCAAGGAUGACCUGCUGCAGCAGAUUGGGAAGGUGGAUCGGGAGAUUGCAAAGGUGGAAUCACAGAUCUGCAAGCUGAAGAAGAAGCAGCAGGAGUUAGAGGAGACAGCAAACAAGCCAUCAAUAAAAAAGGAAGAGGAAGAGAUAGCACAACCAAAGCACCAAAGCCCUGCUCAGAAAAUCUAUGCUGAAAACAGGAAAAAGGCCCAAGAAGCGCAUUCACUGUUGGAGAGACUGGGGCCUAAAGUUGAACUGCCUCUGUACAACCAACCUUCAGAUACAGCAGUUUAUCAUGAAAAUAAAAGAAAGCAUUUAACAUUCAAGAGACGUUUGAUGGAGUAUUUCAAGCGGAAACAUUCGGAGCGUGAGGGCCGGGAGAAGUACCUGACUGCCACAUACUCAAAACUUAUGCAAGAAUGGCUUAGGAAAGUUGAGAAAGUGGAAGCAUCACAGAAACGCAAGGCAAAGGAAGCCAAGAAUCGUGAAUUCUUUGAAAAAGUUUUCCCUGAGCUGCGAAAGCAACGGGAAGAUCGAGAAAGGUUCAACCGCGUUGGAGCACGUAUCAAGAGUGAGGCAGAUCUGGAGGAAAUAAUGGAUGGGCUUCAGGAGCAAGAGAUGGAGGACAAGAAAAUGCGUUCCUAUGCAGUUAUUCCACCAAUUCUGCUAGAUGCUCGGCAGAGGAGGGUGACGUAUGUUAACAAUAAUGGGCGUAUAGAGGACUUCGCUGGGGAAUAUAAUGAGCGUCAGUUGUUGAAUGUUUGGACAGCGACAGAACACGAUAUAUUUAAAGAAAAAUAUCUUCAGCAUCCAAAAAACUUUGGUGUGAUAAAAACGUACCUGGACCGAAAAAGUGUAUGUGAUUGUGUCCAACAUUAUUACUUGACUAAGAAGACUGAGAAUUACAAGCAGUUGCUUCGAAAGUCACGGCAGAGGACACGAGCAAGUCGGAACAAUCCUCAUGGGAAACCAUCGAGUGCGUCUCAAAAUAAUCUUGCGGAUGUUCUUAGUGGCCCAACAGGUGUUACUACACGGUUACAAAGAGAACAGCAACAGAAACAGGAACAGCCUAAUAGUAGUGCUUCAAACACUAGUAAUAGUGCUAGUGCUACUUGUGCCAGUGCAGCUGUGACAACUACAGCAGUGAUGUCAACGUGCAAUUCCACCAGCACUACCACUAGCCUGAUAACAACAUCUAAUGCCAUUACUUCAAAUUCUUCAUCUACUUCCACAGCCACUUCAGUGUCUGCCAUUUCCACUGCCUCAGAACAGUCCCAGCUGUCAGCGACAAUAACAACUACGUCGACAACAGCAACAAUCACAAACUCAACAUCUGUUACUGUGACAACGGUUGCCCCCUCGACAGUAGUAUCAUCAAUAUUAACAGUUUCUGUGACCUCAUCAAGUCCUGGCUCCUCUGUGUCAGCAACUGCCAUUGUGAAUGUUGUGUCCAGUAGUUCUCUUAGUAACAGUAACAACAAUAAUAACAAUAAUAACAACAGCAACAAUAACAACAACCUCACACCUUCCAAGGAUCAACAUCUGCUCAAUGACAAGGAUGGUGUUGAAAACGAGACUAAGAAUAACAGUGAGGGAAAAAUAGAGAACAAGAAGAAGGAGCGCAGAAAAGAGGAGAAGAAGAAGAAAGAAGAAGUGGAGACAAGUGAUGAAGAAUGUGUUGACACACAAGAUAAGAAAAGUUGA